AUGGCCUCUACAGGCACGCCACUGUCCAGGGCCAGAUCGAACCUGGACUUCGUCACUCGGAAAGAUCUCGACAAUGUUUUGAGUGGUCCGGUGCCGUGGUACGUCAAGACGCUGUUCGAGGGCAUCUUGAAGUCCACGAGUCCAGGGGUUGAUGCGGAAAGCUGGCAGCAGAUGUCAGAGCUUCUGCGGGCAGAUGUAGACCUUAUCUCUAAGCUGCAGGCCUUCGAGCCGGAGGAUAGUGACAAGCAUCGUAUCCGCGACAUUCUCCACGCAGAGUUAGAAGUGACCUCGCUGCGCAGCGAGUUCAUGGCCCAGUUCUCGCCCGCCUGCGUGUUGCUCCUGCGCUGGUGCCAUGCGUUGGGAGAUGCCUGCGGCUGUCCGCCGCCCACAUUUCCCAUGACGGAGGAGCACCUCCAGGAUGCGCAGGAAAAGGCCCAGGAGGCCAGGGAAGAGCGUGAGAGGAUGGCCAGGGAGAAGACGGAAAAGCUUCGGUCAGAAGCCAAAGUUCUCGAAACUCCGGCCUCUCCGGUUUCCGAGGAGCCGAAGGGGCGCCUUCAGUUGCAGUCCGUGCUUUCAGGAGAGGUCUUCGCCACCUUGAAAGGUGCUUUGCCCGCCUGGACCUACAAGGACAUCGCGGAUCGCAUGAGGCCCCUGCUUCCGAGCGAUGUAGGCACCAUCACCCUCUUUGCCGGCGAGGCAAUGGAACCCAUGGAGCACUACACCGCGACGCUGGAGUCUUUGGGGGUUCUCGACGACAGCCAGGAGGGCCAGAUUCAGUACACGGUCGACACGGCGGAGGCUUUUCUAGAGACAGCGGGAAAGCGUCUCGAUCUCCCGAACGGCAGCGAUGAAUUGCAAGGAGAACUGAGGCGUAUGCUGACCGAGGCCACUCGAUCCUUAGACUAUCUGAGCAAGGCAGACGUUGCUGAAGUCAGGGCCCUCAACAAACCACCCAGGGCCAUUCAGCUUGUCAUGGAAGCUGUCGCGCUUUUGAUGGCGCACCCGUUCGACAGCUGGAAAAGCUUGCGUGCCAUGAUGGAUGAUAAGCUUUUCCUCACGAAGCUCCUGCAACUCGAUGCGCAUCGGGUGUCGCCGGAGGUGCUAGCUCAAGUCCACUGGUACAUCGCCAAUCCUGAUCUGCUUCCUGGGCAGGUAAAAAAUAUCUCAAGAGCCGCUGCGAGCCUGUGUUCCUGGACACGCGGAGUUUAUGACGUGGCCGUGAUUGUGUCUCGCUAUCGGGCCUUGCAAGCUGCCUGA